UAUUAUUUUUGCAUGAAGGAAGUUUUUCGAGUCAUACUCAUAUUGAGAAAAAGUUGAAUCAGUGUAACAUAAAAUUGUAAAUAUAUUUUUCUUCGCACCUGUUUUCAGUGAUAGGCACAGAGUACUAUGUCUUUCAAAUUAGACCAAUUUACCGCUGAAUCAGCUCAGAUGGGCACUGUGGAGCCCAAAGAACGAUUGCGUCAAUUGGCCUCUUUCAGUGACAGUAUUGAAGUGGACAGUAACAUCCCAAUCAAACGAUACUACAGAUCGGGACUGGAAAUGGUUCGGAUGGCUAGUGUUUACAUGCAAGAAGGAAAUCUUGAAGGGGCAUACAUAUUGUAUAUGAGAUUUAUGACCCUAUUCUUGGAAAAAGUAAUUAAUCACCCGGAAUACAAAACUGUUCCGGUUGAUUUGAAACAACAAAACCAACAGAAGUUGAAGGAAGUUUUACCCGUUGCGGAAAAAUUAAAAGCAAAGCUUUCUGAGAAAUACUCAAAGGAGUAUAAUCAGUUCCUUGAAGAGAAAAAACGCGAAGAAAAGAAACGUCGAGAUAUGAAGGAAAAACUUAAAAAGACUUCGGUUGCGUCACCAUCCUAUCCUGAACCAACGGCCCCCUCGUCUAUUCUAGUUGACGCCGAUAUGUUAGAUCGAGUACUCUAUCCAAAUGAUUUUCCAACUGACCCUAAUCGUUCAUCCGGAACUGGUUUGCUCCUACCUGACAAAAACCUUGCUAUAAAGCCGACCUAUGAUCGUACACUUAAACCAUCGCCAACCUCUGUGUUGGCUGGUAGCCUGCGUCCUGUGAUAAUUCCCACAGAAACUAUGGUCAAGUUUUUACAGCUAGCGUCCAGAAACACGCUAAACAAUGUAGAAACUUGCGGUAUUCUAGCUGGAAAAUUGGCUCACAACAAGUUCUCAAUCACUCAUAUAAUUGUUCCCAAGCAAAAGGGAACUGCGGAUAGUUGCACAACGAUGAACGAGGAAGAAAUCUUCAAUUUCCAGGACCAAAAAAAUCUUAUCACUCUCGGUUGGAUUCACACGCAUCCGAGUCAGACGGCGUUUCUUUCUUCGGUAGAUUUGCACACACAUUGUUCGUACCAAAUCAUGCUGGAGGAAGCAAUUGCGAUUGUUUGUUCUCCAAAAUACAAUGAAACUGGAUUUUUCUGUCUGACACCCAGUUAUGGAUUGGAUUACAUUUCUCAAUGUCGGCUGUCGGGGUUUCAUCCGCAUCCAAAAGAUCCCCCUUUAUUUAUGGAAGCACUACAUAUUACACUUGAGGACAAAGUUCCUAUCGAGGUGGUAGAUUUGCGAUAACCGAAAAAUACUGGAACAUACGUAAACGAACUUUCUAUAGCAAGUGCUAAUAAUAUAGUGAGAGUUGAAAAUGAAUACCGCCUGAUAAAUUCGACGGUAUGAAAAUCUGUUAAAUAUUAGUAUUAAAAUUGUAUGUAUUAUUGCGCGUGAAAGUUGACCGUACUAGGGAAAACUGAUUGUUUAUGCGAAGGGCGAGCUUUAGAGUAUUUUGAAACGGUUUGAAUCACUAAAUUAUGCUGCACUUGAAUGAUUACGUUAUGAAAAUGUUUAUUUGUAUAACCGUAUUUUGCGCCGUUAAGCUUUACAUUCCAAAGAUUCCUAAAAGUGUGAAGCAAAUCUAGCAAAAAGUUUAUAUUUGUGAACUGUUGUAUUUUAGAUCAUUCAACAGGUUAGCCCUACGUGCUAGUAUUAAUUAGUACGAUGAGCUUCUGUGUUGUUAAACUAGGUUAAAUUGAAUCAAUAAAUCGAGUCUAUUGAAUCUAUAAAA